GCUGCAAGCCCAGAGCAGACGGGUCGGCGGGCCGCACAGGACGCGAGGACUGUCACCGUGGACGCGCCGAGCUCACCGACCCGGGACGCCGGCCUCUGGGGAGCAUCCGGCCUUUUCUUCCGGGCUCCACGGUUCCCCAUCCCGGGUGAGCAGCGUUUGGGCCGUACUGCGAUGUCUGUGGGAGUCCACAGCCGUCCCCCCGGGAGCCGGGCUCCUCCUUUCGCGCGUCUCUGCUGCGUCUCGGCCGCGCUGGGGAUGCUGUGGUCCCCCGCAUCGCUGGCGUUCAACCUGGACGUGGACAGGCUCACGGUGUACACUGGCCCCGAGGGCAGCUAUUUCGGCUACUCGCUGGAUUUCUACAUCCCUGAUGCGCGCACAGCCAGUGUCUUGGUGGGGGCGCCCAAGGCCAACACCAGUCAACCGGACAUCAUAGAAGGGGGAGCCGUCUACUACUGUCCGUGGCCCCUAGAGAGGUCUGCGCAGUGCAAGCAGAUACCGUUUGACACCACCAACAACAGGAAAAUCAGAGUUAAUGGAACCAAAGAACCGAUAGAGUUUAAGUCAAACCAAUGGUUUGGAGCAACAGUCAGAGCUCACAGAGGAAAAGUCGUGGCCUGUGCUCCUUUGUAUCACUGGAGAACUCUGAAACCUAACCCAGCCAAGGACCCAGUUGGAACAUGCUAUGUAGCAAUUCAGAAUUUCAGUGCUUACGCUGAACAUUCUCCGUGCCGGAACAGCAAUGCUGAUCCUGAAGGACAAGGUUACUGCCAAGCAGGCUUUAGUCUAGACUUCUAUAAGAAUGGAGACCUUAUAGUGGGAGGACCCGGAAGCUUUUACUGGCAAGGUCAGGUGAUCACUGUCAGUAUAGCAGAUAUCAUCGCAAACUACUCAUUCAAGGAUAUUCUAAGGAAACUGGCAGGAGAGAAGCAGACAGACGUGGCUCCGGCCUCCUACGAUGACAGCUACCUUGGAUAUUCGGUUGCUGCUGGAGAAUUCACUGGGGACUCUCAGCAAGAAUUGGUUGCUGGUAUUCCGAGAGGAGCGCAGAACUUUGGCUAUGUCUCCAUCAUUAAUUCCACGGAUAUGACCUUCAUUCAGAAUUUUACUGGUGAGCAGAUGGCAUCUUAUUUCGGGUAUACCAUUGUGGUAUCAGAUGUUAACAGUGAUGGCAUGGAUGACAUAUUGGUCGGGGCACCUCUCUUUAUGGAGCGUGAAUUUGAAAGUAACCCCAGAGAAGUAGGACAGGUCUACCUGUACCUUCAAGUGAGCGCCCUCCUCUUCCAAGACCCGCAGGUCCUCACCGGCACCGAGACUUUUGGGAGAUUCGGUAGCUCUGUGGCCCACCUGGGAGACCUGAACCAAGAUGGAUACAAUGACAUUGCCAUCGGCGCGCCCUUUGCAGGCAAGGACCAAAGGGGCGAAGUGCUCAUUUACAACGGGGCUCCAGAAGGCUUACAUGCCACGCCUUCCCAAGUUCUGCAAGGAAUGUGGGGCUCCCAGGCCAUCCCUUCCGGGUUUGGCUUUUCUCUAAGAGGAGAUGCAGACAUAGACAAGAAUGAUUACCCAGAUUUGCUUGUAGGGGCGUUUGGAAAAGGGAAAGUGGCUGUCUACAGAGCGAGGCCAGUUGUAACAGUGGAUGCCCAACUUCUGCUGCACCCGAUGAUUAUCAACCUGGAAAAUAAAACUUGCCAGAUUCCAGAGUUCCCGACACCUGUGGCCUGCUUUUCUCUAGGAGUCUGUGCAUCUGUGGCAGGCCAGAGCAUCUCAGAUACAGUAGCCCUGAUGGCUGAGGUGCAGUUAGAUUUCCUGAAGCAAAAAGGAGCCAUCAAGCGGACGCUCUUCCUCCACAACCAUCAGUCCCAUCUCACCUUCCCCUUUGUGAUAAAGCAGCAGAAAUCGCUCCACUGCCAGGAUUUUCUGGUUUACCUUCGAGAUGAAACUGAAUUCCGAGAUAAAUUAUCUCCAAUCAACAUUAGCCUGAACUACAGUUUGGAUGAUUCCACCUUUAAAGAUGGCCUGGAAGUGAAGCCAAUUUUGAACCACUACAGGGACAAUGUAGUCACUGAGCAGGCUCGAAUCCUGGUGGACUGUGGAGAAGACAAUCUGUGUGUUCCUGACUUGAGGCUGUCGGCGAGACCAGAUAAGCAUCAGAUAAUUAUUGGGGAUGAAAACCACCUCAUGCUCACAAUAAAUGCGAGAAACGAGGGGGAAGGAGCCUACGAAGCUGAACUCUCUGCUCUGAUCCCGGAAGAAGCACAUUAUGUUGGGAUUGAGCGAAACAACAAGGGACUGAGGCCACUGAGCUGUGAGUACAAAAUGGAAAACGUGACCAGGAUGGUGGUGUGCGACCUUGGGAACCCGAUGGUGACUGGAACAAAUCUUUCUCUGGGCCUCCGAUUUGCUAUUCCCCGUCUUGAGAAAACAAACACGAGCAUUAACUUUGAUCUCCAGAUCAGAAGCUCCAACAAGGACAAUCCAGACAGCAAUCUUGUGAGUGUGCAAAUCAACAUCACUGCUGUUGCUCAAGUAGAAAUAAGAGGAGUGUCCCACCCUCCGCAGAUUGUUCUGCCCAUCCACAACUGGGAACCGGAAGAGCAGCCCCACAGAGAGGAGGAAGUUGGUCCUUUGGUUGAGCACAUUUACGAGCUGCACAAUAUUGGACCCAGCACCAUCAGUGACACCAUUCUGGAAGUUGGCUGGCCAUUUUCUGCACGGGAUGAGUUUCUCCUUUAUAUUUUCCAUCUUCAAACUCUGGGACCUCUCCAAUGUCAAACAAAUCCUGAGAUCAACCCACAGGAUAUAAAGCCUGCUGCCUCCCCAGAGGACACCCCAGAGCUCAGUGCCUUCUUAAGAAAUGCUACGAUUCCUCAUCUGGUCAGGAAAAGGGAUGUGCCCGCGGUCCAGCUCCACAGACAGAGCCCUGCAAAAAUACUGAACUGUACAAAUAUCGAGUGCUUGCAAAUCUCUUGUGCAGUGGGACGGCUGGGAGGAGGAGAGAGUGCAGUCCUGAAGGUCAGAUCAAGACUGUGGGCCCAUACGUUCCUCCAGAGGAAGAAUGACCCUUAUGCUCUUGCAUCGCUGGUGUCCUUUGAGGUGAAAGGAAUGCCUUAUAAAGAUCAGCCAGCAAAACUGCCAGCCGGGAGCACAGCGAUCAAGACGUCAGUUAUUUGGGCCACUCCAAAUGUCUCCUUCUCAAUUCCGUUAUGGGUCAUAAUACUAGCUAUCCUUCUUGGCUUGCUGGUUCUGGCCAUCUUAACUUUAGCUUUAUGGAAGUGUGGAUUCUUUGAUAGAGCAAGACCUCCCCAGGAUGAAAUGACAGACAGGGAACAAUUGACCAGUGACAAGACCCCAGAGGCAUGACUUAGAAACACAAAGACCUAAAAUCCAAGCACUGGUCCUGUUAAAAGACAGAAAGAAAGAAAAGGACACAAGGGCUAAAUGAUCGUAGCCUUCCAUACCUGCCAGCGACCCAGGAAAUGGAAGGGUGCCUAAUGAUCACCUCAUCUACUUCAUGCAUUGAUUGACAUGAAGAGACCCUUGAGGCAAAGAAACCACCACCAACUGUCGAAAUAUUCAGCAGUCACGAAGAUUUCUUUUGCUUUCACCGUUUCACAUCUGGCCGACAUUUUGGAACGGUUGUAGGAACGCAGGUGGAUGCCCAGAUCAACCCAAAGCGACCUGCAAAAACAAUUCCUACAGAGACAAGAUGAAGUAAGAUUGAACACUACUGUAAUCCGAUGGAAUCUCUGAAACCUCCCCAUGGAAGAGAAACUUUUCUAAGGAUGUGAUGGCUCAGGGAGACAAGCAACAUGUUGUCGGGACUGUGAAAGUACUUGUGGAACAACCAAAAUCAUUUCAUACAUUGAGGACUCACGAUGUAUUUAUUUAUGUUCUAUUUCUCGAAGGUAGAGAAAUGGGCCAUCUAGAGGAUUUGGAAAUUAAGAUUUGGUUAGCUAGACUUCAACAUCACUCAUCUUAUUUCAUCUUAAAAUAACUAGUCUGUGCGGAUAACACGUUUAAUUGGGCUUCUUCAUGUGUUACACACACAUUAGUAUUAGGGCUCUGUCUUGCUUAAUAUCUUGCUGUCUUCUACCUGGAGUUACUUUUCUUCAUUUCUCCAGGAACUCACAUCUGCAUAAUUCAACUUUACAGAAAUCUUGUAUUUACAAUGCCUUUUAUACAUGUAAAAAAAACUAUUUUCACUGAUUUCUUUAAAGCAUACAUUUAGGUACUCAAUACCCUAAUGAUGUUUAAAAGUACUAGCACAAUUUGUAAAGUCUAUCUAAAAAACAAUUUAAUAAUGAGUGAAUAUUAUCUUAAUAGCUAUAGUAAACAUCAGUAUUUAGCUUGAGAUUUAUACACUUGUUUUCAUUGUAAUACCUCACAAUUAUAUAAAAGAAAAAAUGUUAGCAAUAUACAAACUUAUAUUGUAUAAGUUUGAGAUAUACAAGUGUGAGAUAAAAAAACUCACUCCUAAGGACCUAAUAAUGCUUAUUAUGGCUUUAUCACUCACUCUUCACUGUUAGUCUUUCCUAGCAGGUAAUCUUGGAGAAUAAUCUUUUAUAUUUAAGCUGUUUUACCAUUAUUUUUACUUAAAUAUCCAGAAAACAUUGCUUAAAGCUCUUGUAAAUAAUCCAUAAUCAUUUGUAGUGUUAUCAUUUUGAAGUAAUAUUGACCAGUCAAAUUCAUAAGAUGGUCUGCACAACUUUAUAUCCUUUUUAUAAAAAUGAAAAAUUGCUAUGGAGAAAUGCUGAACAAAAUUUUAUGUGCAAUAUUUUAUAGACCUAUGUAUCUGAGGCAUGUUUACACUGGGGUUAGUUAUUUUUUAAUUAAUAUUCUGAAUACUAAGUGUGAUACAACAAGCUGACCAAAAUCCUAACGUUUACAAAGCAGUUGGGAAAAUCUGUGUCUCAAUUUCAACAAUGACACUUUAUCUGAAAGAUGAGCCAAACUCACAGUCAGUAAAUUUUAUGCGGUGCCUUGACCUGGAAAGGAGCCAUUUGGCUUCAGUCGCCACAGUUCCUCAGAAAGAAAAUGAAAGGCGCAGAGUCAAUCAUCAUUGCCGUUCAUCUUCCCCUGCUUGUCAGUUAAAUCUGUCCUGGUAGCUGGUUUCUAUCUAUCAGGAACUCAGAUCUAGUUCCCAGUCUGUGUGGCUAGUAGCUAUGAAGCAUUGCACUCGCCUCAAAGAGUUUUUUAAGGGUUAGAUGCAAGCCUCUGGGAUGUCUUUACUGUUGUCUUUUUGGUAGGACAUUUUAUGGGCAGAAAGCCAUCUGUAUGAUAUGAUUUGAGGGAUGACAAACAACUCUCUCUACACCAAUGCUUCAUCUUUUGUGCCUCCUGAUACAGGACAAAUACAAACUCCUCAGAAAUUUGGAAUGCAUCUCUGGUCUUGAAAGAACUCAGAGAACUCUUAGGGCUAAACAUAAGAACUGUGAGAGACAGCCAUAUGGGACAAACUAAAGAUUCCAGGAGGAAGACAGGACCGACACUAAACAAAGUAUCAAAGGCAAACCAUGAGGUCCUAUAGUCCCAACUAUGGAAGUGCAGGAGGCUGUCACACACAUGCACACAGAAAACCGAGGUCAGGGGAACCCUCUGCUGGCAUGUUCUUCAGCAUCCCAUCCUCAUAAAGAACACUGGUAAACAACAUUGCUCAUAGCAUUGCUGACUCAUUUAUAACCCAUCUUGCACUGGUCUUCAUUGGGAGUCUGUCUGUGUUUGUCUUCAAUAAGCUCUCUCUUCUGGUUCUCACGGCUAUUUUUUUAAGACACAGGGAAAUGAGCAGAUUUUAUAGACUGGGAGAUUUUUAUACAGCAAAGAUAUAGUGUUCUAGUCAUCACUGAAAUCCAAGUCUUAGAAUUCUUGUUUUAUUUAAAUACAUUGGUAGAGAUGGCAGAGAUUUUCAUGUACCUUUUUACACUGUCACCAAUAAAAUUAAAAAUUAAAGACAGAAAA